GUCACGUGGGGGCGGGGGCGCGCAAGAUGGCGGCUUCGGGAGUCGGCGGGGCCUCUGGAGGCGAAGGAGAAGGAGGAGGAGGCACCGAGGAGGCGUUUAUGACGUUCUACUCUGAGGUGAAGCAAAUAGAGAAGAGAGAUUCAGUUUUAACAUCAAAAAAUCAAAUUGAGAGAUUGACCCGGCCUGGAUCUUCGUACUUUAACUUGAAUCCAUUUGAGGUGCUCCAGAUGGAUCCCGAGGUCACAGACGAAGAAAUCAAGAAGCGGUUCCGGCAGCUGUCCAUAUUAGUCCAUCCAGACAAAAAUCAAGAUGACGUGGAAAGAGCCCAGAAGGCUUUUGAAGCUGUAGACAAAGCAUACAAGCUGCUACUGGAUCAGGAGCAAAAGAAGAGGGCCUUGGACGUGAUACAGGCCGGAAAGGAGUACGUGGAGCACACGGUUAAGGAGCGGAAGAAACAGCUCAAGAAGGAAGGGAAACCCACAAACGUGGAAGAAGACGACCCCGAAUUGUUCAAGCAAGCUGUGUACAAGCAGACAAUGAAGCUCUUCGCCGAGUUGGAAAUCAAAAGGAAAGAGAGGGAAGCUAAAGAAAUGCACGAAAGGAAGCGGCAGAGAGAAGAAGAGAUUGAGGCACAAGAAAAGGCAAAGCGGGAACGGGAAUGGCAGAAAAACUUUGAGGAAAGUCGAGAUGGCCGUGUGGACAGCUGGCGGAACUUCCAGGCGAACACAAAGGGGAAGAAAGAGAAGAAAAAUCGGACCUUCCUGAGGCCCCCCAAAGUAAAAAUGGAGCAGCGCGAGUGAGGCCUGCCCGCCCUCCCGGGGGGUGCAGCAGUGGCGGUGGCGACAGCGGUGGCGGCGGCGGCGGCGGCGGUCCCUUCCAGACCCUCUCCCGCUUUUAAGGACUCAUCCCCACGUAGAGUAGAGUAGCAUUUGCUUUUUAGUCAGAUGGUUGUUUUGAGAACAAUUGAACAUUGAGCGGAGGCUCCUUUUGUACAUUUCUCCGAGGGGCUUGGCUGGAUGGAGCGCCCCUACCCCGCCCCCGGCCCCCACCACCCUGAGUGACCGGCUCUGGCUGAGGCCACCGCUGUUUGCUGUUGUUAUUCGCAGCCUGUAAUUUAAUGUUUUGUACUUCCACUGAGCUGUGAUGUUUUUGACUUCAUGUAUAGUUUGGGAAAUCAUCCAAUUAAACCGUUGCUUAAAACGGG